CAUUAAAGACCCCCAGCAUGGUAUCAGAAAAGGGUGAUGAGCCCCUACAGGAGGCACUGGGAUCAAUUCAGCCCGUGCCCUCUAAUCCCCAUCCGUCUUUCAUCCAGGUGGCCAAGCCUUACAUCUUUGAGAAGACCAUCAAAGACUGCAUUGCAGUAAUGGGGGUCAACCCCCUGCGGGAGGAAGCACUGCGCCUUCAGGGAGUUGCCUGGAUUGACAAUAUACGCAGGAUUCUCCAUCUACCUGUCCGAACGUUCAAUACCGCUGUUGUGUAUUAUCACAAAUUUCGGCUAGUUCAUUCAGAUAGUGAAUACAAUAAUAUGGACGCGGCUACUGCUGCUUUGUUUACGGCUUGCAAGAUUGAGGACACUCUGAAGAAAUCAAAGGAGAUCGUCUGCGCUGCUUACAACCUCAAGCAGCCCCCAGCGGAACAUAUGGCACCUGAUGAUCCGGCUUUCGAAUCUCAUUCCAGAGGCAUUAUCGGUUUAGAGAGGCUCAUGCUUGAGGCGUCAGGAUUUGAUUUCAGGACUCGCCAUCCGCAAAAAGUGUUGAUCAAACUGGCCAAGCUUUAUGGCUUGACGAAAGACUCUCAAGUUUCCAACCUUGCAUAUCGCAUCUCGUUAGACCUCUAUCGGACAUUCGCUCCUAUCAAGCAGACUAGUUCCACCAUGGCUUUCAGCUGUCUUGAACUUGCUGGUCGCCUGCUGGAUCAACGCCUCGAGGACGUUGAGUCUGGAAAGGACUACGAAAAAUGGAGGACCAGCCGUCAAGAUGUGAUGGAAACGCUUUUCGAUUUGCUCGAGUUGUACACCCAUCAUCGUGCGUCCACAUCUGUCGGGCCGAGCUUCCCUGCGGAAAGAUUCUUGACCGUCCGCAUCCCACUAAACCAGGAGGCAGAGGCACAAAAACUUCCCCGCUACACCUACUGGAAGGAACGGGAAACAGAGACAAAAACAAACGGUCCGAAACGUGGUAAGAGAAAUGGCGAGCCGAUUGAGAAGCCAGCACCUUUGGGUCAUCCCCUUACCCCUGUUUCCGCCAAUGGAGAGAAGCCCAGGUUUGGUCGAGAAGGAACCGUCCGCUACAUCCUGGACCAGGACCGUGCUGACGCGGAGAAACAACGCGUUUUUGAGUAUUUCAGAGUUGAUGUCGAAGAAUACGAAGUUGAAGAAUGA